AUGGGCGACGACGUCAAGUCUCUCUCGGCCUUUGGCCCGGCCCGCUCGACCAUCAAGGGCAAUCCCCUCUCCAAGGAGGAGAUCGAGGUCUACAAUGACUUCUUCAACGCCAGCUGCUACCUCUCCCUGGGCAUGAUCUACCUCAAGGAGAACCCGCUGCUGCGCGAGCCCCUCAAGAAGGAGCACCUCAAGGCCCGCCUGCUCGGCCACUACGGCUCCGCCCCCGGCCAGAUCUUCACCUACAUGCACAUGAACCGCCUGAUCAAGAAGUACGACCUCGAUGCCUUCUUCGUCUCCGGCCCCGGCCACGGCGCCCCCGCCGUCCUCGCCCAGUCGUACCUCGAGGGCGUCUACUCCGAGGUCUACCCGGACAAGUCGCUCGACAUCGAGGGCAUGCAGCGCUUCUUCAAGUGGUUCUCCUUCCCCGGCGGCAUCGGCUCCCACGCCACGCCCGAGACGCCCGGCUCCAUCCACGAGGGCGGCGAGCUGGGAUACUCGGUCUCGCACGCCUUCGGCGCCGUCUACGACCACCCGGACCUCAUCGCCCUGACGUCGGUCGGCGACGGCGAGGCCGAGACGGGCCCCCUGGCCACGGCCUGGCACAGCACCAAGUUCCUCAACCCCAUCACCGACGGCGCCGUCCUGCCCGUCAUCAACCUCAACGGCUACAAGAUCAACAACCCCACCAUCCUGGCCCGCAUCACCCACGACGAGAUCCGCGACCUCUUCGUCGGCUACGGCUGGGAGCCGCUCUUCGUCGAGGGCGACGACCUGCCCACCAUGCACCAGGCCAUGGCCGCCACCAUGGAGUACGCCGUCUGCAAGAUCCGCAAGAUCCAGAAGGAGGCCCGCGAGACCGGCAAGGCCACCCGCCCGCGCUGGCCCAUGAUCGUCCUGCGCACCCCCAAGGGCUGGAGCGCCCCGCGCAAGGUCGACGGCCAGUACCUCGAGGGCUUCUGGCGCGCCCACCAGGUGCCCAUCUCGGGCGCCGCCUCCAACCCGGAGCACCUCAAGAUCCUCGAGCAGUGGAUGCGCAGCUACGAGCCCGACCGCCUGUUCGACAAGCACGGCGCCCCGGACAAGGCCCUGCAGGCCCUCUGCCCCAAGGGCGUCCGCCGCAUGAGCGCCAACCCCGUCGCCAACGGCGGCAUCAUCAAGAAGCCCCUCAAGAUGCCCGACUUCCGCAAGUACGCCAUCACCUUUGACCGCCCGGCCACCUACCAGAGCAGCAGCAUGAAGAACAUGGCGCUCUUCCUGCGCGACAUCAUGGCCAAGAACCCCCAGAACUUCCGCCUCUUCGGCCCCGACGAGACCGAGUCCAACAAGCUCGGCGCCGUCUACGAGGUCACCAAGAAGGUCUGGAUGGGCGAGUACUUUGACGAGGACAAGGACGGCGGCAACCUGGCCCCGGCCGGCCGCGUCAUGGAGAUGCUGUCGGAGCACACGGUUGAGGGCUGGCUCGAGGGCUACAUCCUCAGCGGUCGCCACGGCCUGCUCAACAGCUACGAGCCCUUUAUCCACGUCAUUGACUCGAUGGUUGGUCAGCACUGCAAGUGGAUCGAAAAGGCCCUCGAGGUCGAGUGGCGCGACAAGGUCGCCUCGCUCAACAUCCUCCUGACCUCGGUCGUCUGGCGACAGGAUCACAACGGCUUCUCGCACCAGGACCCCGGCUUCCUCGACCUGGUGGCCAACAAGAGCCCCGAGGUGGUGCGCAUCUACCUGCCUCCCGACGGCAACUGCCUGCUGUCCGUCAUGGACCACUGCCUGCGGUCCGUCAACUACGUCAACGUCAUCGUCUCGGACAAGCAGGACCACCUGCAGUACCUGGACAUGGACGAGGCCAUCGCGCACUGCACCAAGGGCGCCAGCAUCUGGCCCAAGUUCAGCACCGACGCCGGCCAGAACCCCGACGUGGUCAUGGCCUCGUGCGGCGACAUCAGCACGCACGAGACGCUCGCGGCCAUCGACCUGCUGCUGCAGCACUUCCCCGACCUCAAGAUCCGCUACGUCAACGUCGUCGACCUCUUCGUGCUCAUCCACCCCUCGGAGCACCCCCACGGCAUGUCGGACCGAGAGUGGAUCAGCCUCUUCACCGAGGACACGCCCAUCGUCUUCAACUUCCACAGCUACCCGUGGAUGGUGCACCGCCUCACCUACAAGCGCCCCGGCAGCUCCAACAUCCACGUCCGCGGCUACACGGAGAAGGGCAACAUCGACACGCCCCUCGAGCUGGCCAUCCGCAACCGCACCGACCGCUUCAGCCUCGCCAUCGACGCCAUCGACCGCAUGGCCCACCUGCAAAACCGCGGCGCCACCGCCCGCCAGGCCUUCCUCGACGAGCAGAUCAAGGCCUCCAACGAGGCCUUUGAGACGGGCAUCGACCCCCCGUACCUGUCCAAGUGGACGUGGCCCCGCAACGGCCUGUGGCAGAAGGCCGCCGAGAAGCUCCCCCUCCGCUCUUAG